CGCCGCCUCCCCCAGCUCGGCGGUGCGAGGGAGCUCCCGGGAGAACCCCCCAGCUCCCGCCUCCCCGCCCGGCGCGGUGUCUGCGGGAGGCUGGUCGCUGCCCCCGCCGCUGGGAGAGGAGGUUAUGUAAGGGGAGGAGGAGGAGCAGGACGGCUGCCGCCGCCGAGCAGGCACAGGGAGAAGCCGCCGCCCGCCCGGCUCUCGGGAGAGUCGCUGCAGCUGCCGGGGCCGGCCCGGGAUGCGCAGGAGCUGAGCGCGCGAGCAGCCGGCGGCCGCAUGUGCGAAGUUGGGACUCGCCCCGCGCCCGCCGGGGACAGAGGCGAGAACCCCGGGGGCGCGCCGGGGCUGCAGGCUGCGGGCGCCGCCGGGGACAAGUGCCGAGACAUGGGAGAACAGCCCAUCUUCACCACCAGAGCACAUGUCUUCCAAAUUGACCCCAGCACCAAGAAGAACUGGGUUCCUGCAAGCAAGCAGGCUGUAACUGUUUCCUACUUCUAUGACAGCACAAGAAACAGCUAUCGGAUUAUCAGUGUGGAUGGAGCCAAGGUGAUUAUAAACAGCACAAUCACACCUAAUAUGACCUUUACGAAAACAUCGCAGAAGUUUGGUCAGUGGGCAGACAGCAGAGCAAACACUGUGUUUGGUUUGGGUUUUUCCUCCGAACAGCAGCUAACAAAGUUUGCAGAGAAAUUCCAGGAAGUAAAAGAAGCUGCCAAACUAGCAAGAGACAGAUCUCAAGAGAAAAUUGAGACCUCAAGCAAUCAUUCCCAAGAAUCUGGACGUGAAACACCAUCUUCUACUCGGGCAUCCAGCAUAAAUGGAACAGAUGACGAGAAGGCAUCUCAUGGUGGCUCUGCUGAUGCACAUCUGAAAAGUGAGAAUGACAAACUGAAAAUUGCUCUAGCCCAAAGUUCUUCCAAUGUAAAGAAAUGGGAAACAGAGCUGCAGACUCUAAGGGAGAGCAAUGCCAGACUGACCUCUGCACUCCAAGAAUCUGCUGCCAGUGUAGAGCACUGGAAAAAACAGUUUUCAGAAUGCAAGGAAGAGAAUGAUCAACUCAGGAACAAGAUUGAAGAGCUAGAAGAACAAUGCAAUGAAAUAAAUAAAGAGAAGGAAAGAAAUGCACAGCUGAACAGGCGCCUCCAGGAACUGGAAUCAGAACUUCAAGACAAAGAACUAGAAUUGGAGGAUCUUCGAAAGCAGGGUGAAAUUAUACCCCAGCUAAUGACAGAAUGUGAAUCUGUAUCUCAGAAAUUACAGGCUGCUGAGAAAAAGAACAGAGACCUGGAGGAGAAAGUCAGAACACUAAGGACAGAUGUUGAAGAGAGCAAACAGAGACAGAACAGCCUUAAAACCGAAUUAAAGAAUUUUUUAGACGUACUAGAUGGGAAGAUAGAUGAACUACAUGACUUCCGACAAGGACUGUCUAAACUGGGAGUUGACAACUAGACGGCAACAGUUUUUUGUAAUCUAGGGUCUGAAUGUUUGGUGUUUUGUUGAUCCCAAAUGUGUAUUUUACAAAAUUUGACUAGAAUGUUCCACUUGUUGGCAUUGUUUCUGUACAUACAGGCUGAAAUUUGCUGUGUUUUUUCAAACCAGUUGUGCUGCUCACUGAAUUCUGUUGAGAAGAGAAAUGAUUUAUAUGGCUGCUCUGGGUUUGUGAAGAGGUGGAGGAUUCUGUCUCAGGAAUCUGGAACUAGAUCUACCUUAUAUGAUUAUGCAGUUAGUUGUUGCAGGGAAAUUUAUAUCUUUCUUAAGGGCUGUUGCAACCAUAGAAACAGAAAACAAGUAUUUUCUAGUCCUGACUCUCAAUACUCCUAGCAACAUGAAUUUUAUUUCUUUUGUUGAGUGGAGUGGAGUGAAGAUUAGAGGGGGCUCCUGCCGUGUGUAAAUCAGUUGGGUAAAAUGUGUCUGAGUUGAGCUACAGUCAAGUGUAGCGAAUCCCUCUAAGUAAACAUUAAGAUCCUUAGGAACAAAUCAAUAAAGCCUAAUUCACAGAAAGAAACCAACUGAUUUUAUACUUGUGUGACCUCUGUAAAUGUAUGUGCACAUACAGCACAUAAUCUGCUGCAAAAUUGCAGUCAGUCUCAGCUCUUGUACUUCAAAUAAAUCGUACAACAGCUGAUGAGAACUUGUCUCAUUUAACAAGAGCAUCUUUUUCCUCAGCCCUAGUGUUUAAAUUCGUAUAAUUAAGUUAAUCUUUACAUCUUUGGGGAAAAAAAAACACUCUCUUCCUGGGACCAGAUAUACAGCAAUAGGGAUAGGUUAUUGUUUCACAUAUAGGUCUGGGUACUCUAAUUAUCUCUAUAACUUAAUAACUGCUGUGAACAUCCACUGAAGUGAUUUCAGAGAAGUUAAUCUAAAAAACAUUAGUUCAUUUCACAGAACCGCUGGGGAUGGUUUUGUACAAAUGCAAGUUUCUGUUCAAGAGACAUUCAGGGCUGAGGUAGCAUGAAAGCAAAACCCUUUUCUUUGAAGUGUAUGUUCCGAUCUCAUGACAUAUUAGAAACCAAAUUGCCCAUUUAGAAUGACAAGAAGAAAGGCAUUGCAGAAACACAUUGUAACUUGUAUUUGAUUAUUCAGCAGCUCUAAACACAUUCUGAGUAAAGCAAGAGAAUGCUUGGUAUUCCAGGACCAUGAGAAUAAGAAGCAAGCUUACUUAACUGCAGUUGGUGACAUAAACAGCAACACUGGUCCAGAAUACAGUCUAACUCUGCUUUUGUCUCCAUAACAACCUUCAGGGGCUAUUUUUUUUUUUUUUUUUUUUUAAAGAACUGUUAGGGAAUAGCCUGCUCUGAAGUUAUUCUGAAAUCCCAUGCAAAUAGAAUUUGGGCAAGCUGUUCUGUUUAUGUCUGAUACAUUGAUGGUAUUGCCUCUUUUUUUAAUCUGGCAAAGGCUUCUGAAGUGUGAAAUUAAUGUAUUCCAACAGGACGGAAUAGAGUGGCCAUGUCACAACAUUCAUUUCACAUAUUACAAAUUAGAUUUCUAAUUCUUAAUAAAGCUAUAAUCAAGGGGGUUUUGGUCAUUUAAAUAAUGUAAGUGAAGAGUACAUUGAAUACUUUUGCACACAGAUAUAAUAAUCCAGAUGCUGGAAGUCUGUAGAGAUACUCUAUCUGCAAUAGUUCUUUAAUUUUAGAUUGCAUCUACCACUGAAGUAUUGUCUAUCUAGCCUUGCCUUUUUUGUAUGUGUGCUUUGUAAUCCUUUUAUACAACUGAUAUUAUGAAGCUGGACUAUUUCGGUAUAUGAUGGUCUUUAUAAAAAUUGUUGUAGAGUGCCAGUAUUAAAAAAAUAAAUAAAUAAAAAUCAGGUACUUGGAAACAUAAUAUAGAAUGUAGGGAUGUGAAAAUAAGCUUUCGCCAGUGCAGAUAUCCAAGUGUUACAUAAUGUGGGGUUAGAUAAUGUGAUCCAACUACUCAAAAUUGAAAAUGACAAAGGAAACAGAGUGUAUUUUCUGAACAAAUAAUUUCAGUAUUUAGUUUGCAUCUAAUAUAGUUCACUUUGAAUAAAGAAUCAUCAAAAAGGCAGAUGACCUACUUCUCCUCUACUCCCAUUCUACCUUUAAGGUUAGCGGCAGCAACUGGGAAGCAAGGAAGUAAAACAAUUGUCUGUCACAAACAGUAUAAAUUGCCAGGCUCCCUACUCUAUUUCCCAUUAAUGUUUUUACCUCCUUCAUACUGAGAGCCUUGCUCAAUCUUCUGUUUCUUGUCUUUCUCUUUUUUUCCCUACUAGCGAGUCUUAGGGCUUGUCAGAAUGAGAGAGUUGUAUUGGUUUAACUUAAGGUGUGAUUUUUAAAAGUAUGUAGUUAAAUAGGUGCAAAGGGCUGUGCAAAAACUCUUAUUUUGGUUUAAUCUUUGAACAAUCUCUGUUCUCUCUCCUGUAGUCAGGACCCCAGUGUUCAUGUUCCUUCCUUCUUUGGCAGGUGUAUUCAGUUCUUACGUGGUUGAGGCUCAGACAUUCUGGCUGCCUCCAUCCUUCACAGGAUUGACAGCCUUGUCUAAUUAAUUUCUGCACUCCCUUUUUCCUGUAACAAAAUGUAAACACUGGGUCCUGGGAUUCAGGGCCCUAUUUGUUACCUGUAAGGAUUAUGCAAAUUGGUCUUCUCUCACCUUUGCCACUCUGUCUUCUUUUAGAAAUUAGAGGAGAUUAUAAAUGUUGCAGGCUCCCAGUCCACAGGAAGUUAAUACCUCCGUCUCUUGGAUACCUACAGGCAUUUCUUCCUUGAAUCUUGAUCCCUACUGGACAGGUUCUUUCAUUAAGAGUGGCUGAUAUGUACCUAUGUCACAGGGCUGCUGUGAGGGUAAAUCCAUGUUGGUAAAGCACAUUGAGUUCCUAGCAUGAAAAAUGAUAUCAUUGCAAAAUAUUUUAUAAUUGAAGCUCUGUCGCAGCCCAUCAAUCACCUUGCAAUGCCAGAUAUGUGAACCUUAUUAGCUCCUCAGGGACUUGGUGUGGUACAAAAAACUCUCCUCUCUUCCCUUCCUCCCACAAACUGUGAGUGCAGGGUCUUAGGAAACCAAGCAUUCUCUUUGUGGGCAAUUCUCAGGUAGUACUAAGGAUCUAGCUUUCAUCUGAAGAAGUGGGCUGUAGUCCACGAAAGCUUAUGCUCUAAUACAUUUGUUAGUCUCUAAGGUGCCACAAGUACUCCUGUGCUUUAUGUUUUCUCUAGUCCACCUUCAUGCUUCUGUAGGUACUAGGAAUCCAAACCCUCUAUUUCUGCAGUAACAACUGCUGAACUUUCCCUCAAGCUGUAGUUGGUUUCGCCCUUUCCUGUUCUUCAGUAUCAGGUUUUCCCUCCAUUUUCUGCUGUUUCAUUUCUGCCAUGCUGUCUAAGAGCUCAGUGGCCUUCCUGCCAUAAAGGGACCUCCUUAGCUAUUAAGCCUGUUUGGUCACCAUAAGAGACUUGUCCGUGGUCCUUAAUCCAUUAUCUGGUGUCCUUUCAGUGCCUGCCUGCCUCAGACAGGAAUACAUUGCCCAGUCAGUCUUGCAUUCUGGCUUCCUUUCACACACACACACACACACAGCCACUCCUGCUCUCCCUGAUUCUCAGCUCAGUCCAGCUUCUAAGCAUCCCUUCCAGUCCUUUGUCCCCAUGCUCAAGUUUGUUUGGGGGAAGGAUGAUUCUGUGACACUGCUCCUGCAGAAUGAACACUUCAUGAUAUGUGAGGGUGACUUCCUGCAUGGGAAACCUGACCAGUGAUUCUUAUUCAGAGCCCCCUAAAUCUGGAGGCUGCCCUCUGCUGGAAAAUAUUUCUAGUCAGGGUGCAAGGUGGAUAUUUUGGAGAGACUCCCUGAUCACAACAAUGCAGCCUUCCCUCAUGUUUUUUUUGUUUGUUUUUUCCAAAAUGUUUGCAUCUUGGGAAUGGGGUCUGUUUGACAGAGGCCUAGUCAUAUCUCAAUUAUGCCCACUGAGUAUUGUGUAUUAUAUAAAGUUGCAGUGGAAAUAUGUGAGGUCUCUAAGAUGGUGAUCUCUGCUGAUUCCAUGACCUCUCCUUUUUAUGCCGUUUAUAAGAAAGUGUUACUUAAUGCUGCUAUUUUUUUUUUAACCAAGGCUGUGCCAUUAGUGCUGGCCCAUCUCUCCUGAUUUUGAUAUCUGCAAAGCUCAGGCCUCUCCAUAAAUAGCAAAGUUACUGUCUACCUCAGUGAUGCACUUUUUGAUUGCUGAGCUGCAUAUGGGGAUAGCCAUGGCAGGUCAAACAUGUUUGACUCAAGGGGUGAAUCCUGCUCAAACUGAAUAGAUGUUUGUACCCCCGCCCCUCCAGGGCUCUAGUUUGUUCCAGGAAGAUCCCAAGGUGACCACAGAGGGAUCAGAGUCCAAAUAGUCCUGAAAGCACUAAUUUCAGCCUCCAUACCUCAGUCUGCAGAUUUGUUUUUGCUUAUUAAUAAUGGUUUACAAACACGAAUUUUCAGCACCCCUCUGAUGUCGGUUAGUUCUCACUUUGCAUUAGGUCUACGCUGGAGACAUAUAUGGAUUUCCCCAUGCAAGCUUGUACUCACUCUUAGCUCGGAAGAUGUAAAGAUUCUGUUUGUGACAUAGGUUUCUCCCCUAAAGUGGCUAAAGGCAGGAAACCUCCUACCUCAAUCACUUGAUCUUGUAUUUGGAGUGUCUUGUUAAUAGCCUCUUGUGCUCAGCACUCUGAGUGCGAGUGGCUGUCAUUUUCACUUCCGGAGGUCCUGUGGAGAGUACCUUCGCAUCAGACCCCUUUCCUGUUAGGUUUUUGUUUAUGAAGCAUUUGAUUUGUAGACUUGACUGUCAGAACGAUAUUUCAUCAUCAGGAAUGGCCUUCUGUUUAAAGAUGGUAUAUUGGCCUCCUUUGAGACCUGGGGAAAGAGUCUUUCUUUUGUUUUCUGCCAUAGUAGCCUUUUUAAUUGGUAUCUCCUUUGCCAAGUGAUGAAUCAGUGAGUUCACUGGAAUAGAGCUGCCUUGUCUGUAAGGAUGUCAGAUUUUCUCUCUCACUUUCAGUUUCUUAUCAUUCAAAAUUUCCUAUGUUUCUUAAUACUCUUACUCCAGCUACUCCUAUGCCCAGAAAACAGUCUGGAGAUAGUCGCUGUGUUUUAUGUAGCCUGGGUAAUGCCUUUUGAUUGUGUUUAAAAAAUAUAUAUAUAUAUUUGAUUCCAUGUCUAAAAUUUAGAAUGAAGCUUCUAAAGCCACCAUUGCUCAUUGGAUUAAAGGCAAUAUGAAGAGUUUUUACAGUUCUUCACUGCUGUGUGUCUGUGAAAUAUUGCCAUUAUUUAUGAAGAGAGAGGACCUAAGCAUUAACUGCUGUACUGUAUUGUGACUGCUGCUUGCCUUAUACUCAUUCCUUUAUUGCUCAAUACCAAAGCUGAUCUGGGUCAGCAGUCUCUUUGUUGGAUUGAGGUUCACUCACUCAGCAGAUGGGCUUAAAAAAUAUUUAUUAAGGCAAAACACUGAGUAGUGAUCAAUUACGAGUCGGAAGCCCAUCAGGACAAUCUCAUCAUUCCAUAUGAUCUCUCCACCCCCAUCAGUACAGGCUUAGUGUUUGUUCACACCAAUCUUUUAUAGCUUUUUAGUUACUUUAUCUUUUCUUAUUCUCACAAACAUGAUUGCUCUGCAGUUUCUUACACAUGCGCAGCCCUAAACAUGAUGAUUCUGCAAUUUCUUACAUAUGCACAGUUCUAUUUAUGCUUACACAGUUAAAUGUUAUCAGAACAGACUCUUAAAAUCCACAGCAGGCUUCUGUCAGGCCUAAAUAUGCCUUUGCUCCCAACACUCUUGGCUGAUAGUCAAGGUAAGCCCAUGUCUGCCUUUUCACACUGCUAUACAAGUUGCACUUAUGGAAUCUUACUGGAUGGAAGGAGGACUGCACAGUAAUGUAAAAUUGUUUACUAGUAAUUCUUUUCAUUGUACACAUUCUCUCCAUCCACCCUGCUUUCCUGGCUUUUUGCCCUCAUGACUGUUUACUGUCUUCACUAUUCAGGGAAAACUGAUGGAACCUGCCUACUUAUUCUCAGAGCCCUGUGUUCCAUGAUUCACAGCUGUGGAUUUUUUUCCUUAGCUACAGAAUUGUGCUUCAGAAUUCAAGCUCUUUUUUUUCUUUAAACUGUUUCUAGCCCUUAUGGUUGCAAAAGUCUUGAAACCAGGAAUGAUUUAUAAACUGAUGCCAUAUUGUCUUCCUGAGUCUGCAGACAACCUGAAACAAAAGCUCUCCGGGGGCUGAACUGCCCCAUUCGUCUCACUGAGUUGUUAUUGCUGAAUUCUAAAGAUGACCAUUUAAAUGUUAACAUUAACGGUUCCAUUGCUGACUGUUUUAGCAGAAAUGUCAACUAACGUGAUCUUCCCACAAUCCCAGACAAGUCUUCCGUACCUACUUAUGGGCCCAAAGUCACAGUUAUCCCCUACUCAAUUGCCAAAACCUCCAACUUUGCCCCUGUUUCUGUGAUGCAGUUAUGAGUUAUAAAUACAAAUAUCUUUAGCAUAUCAAAAAACUAAAUGUGAGGACAGAGUAAAAUAAACUGAAUUUAAUAUCCACACAAAAAUAACAUUGGGGGGUUACUGUACUGAUUGAAUAGUACAUUUUCACAAUUAGUAAAAAAAAAAAUGCAGAUAAAAAAUUUAAAUGAAGCUGCUACUAAAUUUGUAGUCUGCUACAACAGAAAUCAUGCAGGGUAAUUUAGAUCCAGCUUCCCAGGGAAGAACACUAGGCUUUUCUUAUACUAGUUGUGUUCGCAAUUAUUUUUGCCUCUGCUUCCUAGUAGGUGUGGCUGUUGUAGAAUCUUCUUAUAGGCAUGAUGUAGAGGCUGUAACACACAAAACUACCGCAAAGGAACUUUCUCUUUUUGAAUUGUUAAACAAUCAACUAAAACAAGUGUCAAUCACACAGCAAUAGCAAGUCACAAGCUAUUGAUCCAGAUGCACCUUAAAAUGGAGAGAACCACCAUUAACUGAUACAGAAAUGAAUUGCGCAUUUGCGGAGUCUUGCAACUUGAGGCUUUUGUCCAUAUUUUGUAUUCCUUUUAGGAUAUAAAUUUGACAGUUAUGUGAAAAGUUUGCAUGUCUUAAAUAUCGUACUCUGUAUUCAGUAACAACAUACCUUGAGUGAAAUAUACAGUAAGGAAUGUAUUGCAGAAUUUUAAGAACGUUUUCUCCCCAAACCCCUGUGUUCUUUUGCAGGCUGAGGAAUAGGACUGAUGCUGCUAGAUUAAGAAAUAUUUGCUUAUGUAAUUGGGAUUUUUUGAGAUGUCUAAACAAUUUGACUUUCUACUGUGCUUUGUGUUAGCACUAGUUUUUGAAAAACUGUUUAAACUAAGAAUACUUUCAAAUGACGGUGCCUAUGCAUCCAAAAAAUUUUAAUGCUUUUGAAAUAUUGUUUUUCCCCUUCUGGUCACUUAGUUAAUUAAAUUCUGAUGGCACAUAAAACCUAGGCACUCAAGAGAAAAUCUAUCUGCUGUUGUAUUUUCUGUUUUUACCACUGGUCAGCAAUAAUUAUUUUAGCCAUAUACCAGCCAAGAAGACUGAUGCUGAAAAAGAAUUGUGAACAGGUCUGCUAAAUGUACAGCACAUUAAUCAACUGGUGUGGGCUGAAAGUGGAGAUAUGCUCAAUAAAAAAAAGUAUCUUGCAGCAUUUACAUGUUUUUUUACUUUAUUUGCCUAAUAGUGACAAAUACAUAAUCUACUAUAAAACUCAUCUGUACUAUAGAGCACAUCAUUUUUUAACUCAAAUUUAAAUAUAGCCCUUACUUGUAGUUAACAAUUAUGGGAGUGUUUUUAGUGUGGUCUACUAUACCAAAAUAUUUAGAACUAUGAUGAGUCUUUCGAAAUAAAGAUAAACACACAACCUGUUUUUACUGUUUCAAGUAAGGUUUAGUGAAUGACUGACAAUUCUAUCGAUAUACAACUGUGGGAAAACACUGCAAUGCUUUAAAUGUGUAUUUUUAUCCUGAUUUAAUAUAUGAUUAAUUGAGCUGAAGUGUUUACUACAGUUUGUUGUAAAAAUGUCUCUGACCUCGUCAUUCUGUCUACUGUGAACAAGUACUUUUUAAAAUCAAAGGUAAAUGGUAAAUGUGAACAUCUGGACUCUCUCCUAGUAGCAGUCAAUGCCAGUUUUUAUAUAUUAAAAUUGAUUUUUCUUUAUGAA